AUGGGCGACAGCGACAAGUUCGGCGCUCGCUCGAUGAAGCGCAAGAAUGUCAAAGGACUGGCGUUGAGCAAGCCGCCGCCAGCAGCUGCACCCACACCCUCGGACUCAGAUGCCAUGCUCCCCGGCUCGAUAGCCAAUCCCGCCUCGAAACGAGACGACACCCUCGAGAUCGGAGUAGAGUUUGCACCAGAGUGGCGAGCAGAAGAUCUAGACGUGAUUAAAGACCUCGGUGCAGGCAAUGGCGGGUCAGUGAGUAAGGUACGGCAUCGGCAGUUGAAUAUGGUGAUGGCGAGGAAGAUCAUACAUGUUGAGGCGAAGAAAGAGGUGCGGAAGAGAAUAGUGAGGGAGCUGCAGAUUAUGCGGGAGUGCAAUAGUCCGUAUAUUGUUAGCUUCUAUGGUGCGUUUUUGAACGAAAGUGGAGAUGUGGCUAUGUGUAUGGAGUAUAUGGAUGUUGGAUCCUUGGACAGCAUAUCAAAAAACUUCGGCCCGGUACGAGUAGACGUACUCGGCAAGAUUGCUGAGGCCGUCUUAGGCGGUCUGAAGUAUCUCUACCUGGCCCACCGGAUCAUGCACCGCGACAUCAAACCCUCUAACGUCUUGCUCAGCUCAAAGGGAGCGAUCAAGCUAUCAGACUUCGGCGUGAGCUCGGAAUUGGAAAACAGUGUCGCGGACACCUUCGUGGGCACAGGCACAUACAUGGCUCCGGAGCGAAUACAAGGGUCGCCAUACACCGUGAAGAGUGACGUAUGGUCUGUCGGAUUGAUGUUGAUGGAGCUAGCCAUUGCGAAAUUUCCUUUCAGCAUCGAUAGUGAUGAUCCAGAGGAGGCGGCUGGACCACAGGGCAUCCUGGACUUGUUGCAGCAGAUUGUACUUGAGCCUUCGCCUAAGCUGCCGAAGAGUGAUGCCUUCCCUAAGAUCCUGGAGGAUGUGAUCGAUAAGUGCUUGAUGAAAGAUCCGGCUUCGCGACCUACACCACAGGAACUCUUCGACACUGACCCUUUCCUGCAAGCUGCUAAGCGGACUCCUGUUGAUCUGGAAGCCUGGGCUGUCAGCUUGAUGGAGAAGCAUAACCGCAAAUCUCACCUCGCACCACAGCUCUCACCCAGCACUCGCGCUCUCCUCAAUCGUGACGAACCAACUCCACGAACAGCAACCACGGCAUACUCCUCCAGCCGCUCAGGAAGCGCCCAAGCCACACCCACGACCGGAGAAAUGUACAUCGGUAACGGCUCCGGUCUACCCACACCCGGAAGUGGUGUAGGAGGCACUAUGGCGAGUGGUGGGUCACGACCAGCUUUCCCAACGAGGACGAGUAGUGCGCAGGCGGUGCAGACCUCCAAUUAUGGUCAGCAACCUAUGCAGUUACCUCUGAGGCAAGGGCCGCCUAGAGGAGGUCCUGCGACGGGAAGGCCGGAUACGGCGGGUAGUGAUCGUAGUGAAGAGAGUUUUAGACGGGCGCCUAGGCCUGGGUAUGUGCAGUAA